AUGGAAUAUACUCGGAUAAAAGUUACGUUGUUGAGCACUUCACUCAACGUAAAAACUUCUUUCAUACACAUUCUGUUUGUCGAAAUGUCGAUAUUUCUUGUCAAUAUGUAGGUAGGUAAUAUCCUAUAUAAAUUAACUGUGAUCCCUUUUGAUAUAAUUUAUUGAGUGUAUACCGCUGCAGUAAUCUAUUCAUUCGUGAAAAAAAUGAAUUUCACCAUUAUUAUACUUGGUAAAAUGCAUAACCUAUAAUCUAUUCAAUUAUAGACUAUAAUUGUUGUUACAUCGACACUCGUAAGUGUCGUGGUUUUUAUUUUAAAUUUACCCAUACAACAUACGCACAAAAAAAAAAGAGCUGAUACUGCCAAUGGGUUUACCAUUGUAGUUGUGGGUGGAUAUUUAGGAAGGUAUAUCGACUAUAAUAUCUUCACUGAACAAUUAAAAUAUGUUAAUAAUAAUAAUACUUAUAUAUUAUAAUCAAAUAAUAUCUAAUCUAAUAUAAGGGGGGUUUUGUCCCCUCCACUUUAGUCUCUUAUCCUUUCAAGCAUAUGAACAACAGUUAUCGUCAUAAUUUGUUGUUUUAUAAUCGGUCGCAAACAAUUUUUAAAUAAUUUCGUGGAAAAUUUCUGAUAAUAAGAAAACACCACUCGGCAUGUACAUAUUAUGUUGAUAAUUAUUAAAGCUGUUUCAUCGAUGUAAACUAUAAUCAUAUUUUACACUUAUAAAUAUUAUAUGUUAUUGUUUUAGAGUUAUGGCAUUUGUACAAAAAGCUGUCGCACGUCUGUACGAACCCGAUAAACUGGAAACCUUAUUGAGAGACUUGGGCAAGAAACACUAUCACUAUGGCGCCAAACAGAAAUACGUAGACGUACGUAUUAUAUAAUCGACUUAAGUAUAUUGUUCUUAAUGUUUAUUUUAGAUGUUUCGCGACGAACCGAAAUUAAUUGAAACCAUAUUUCCGCUUCCACGCAGCGCUGCCAUUCUGAAAAGAUAUGAUCUCUGAAUGUCCUUUAUACAAUAAAUAAAUGGAUUACAGAUUACCAAACAACUAACUAACAGACAAUAUAUUUAUAAUAUUAUAUUAUUACAUUUAUUAUUUUAGCGGUCAUUAUGAUAAAACUACUCACGCACCACACGCAGGUUAGGUUAUUACACUUCUCAAGCGAGUAAUAUGAACUUUUGUUUAAAAUAGAAUAAAAUAAAUGGUAAAUCGUUUUUGAAAAUAAACGUUUAUUUUCCAUAUUCCCAUUUCAAAUGAGCUUUAUCUCAGUCGUACAUUUGAGUCCUUCGUUUAUUUAACUGCACUGGUUGACAGUGCCUAUAUCACGAAUCUUGCAACUAGUAGACAUUCUUUGACUAUGUAUUUGAUGGAUCGAUCCGACCCUCAAUUAAAAAGAGGGGAUUCCAGUAUACCACUAUCUUCUAUUUGUGUAAUAAAUAGUUGCAUUUUCCCUGAUGUACAGUAUCAUAGAGUUAAUGCAGCCCGACCUUAUCCCAAUAACAGUUCGCUCAAUUAAUAUAAUAAUAAUAUUAUUAUUAAUAUUGUAACUGUUGAAAGUGUUUUAACUAUAUCAUGGACAUAGCGCUAACGCUACUGACCUGAAUAAUACCGAACACCUGACGACCAUUUCGAAUCGUAUAUUAUUUGAUUAUAGUCAUCUGCAGUCUAUUCCCUGCAGAUAAGAUUUCCGUAAAAGAAAAUAUAUUGUAUACGUAAAAUGUAUAUAUUAUACACUCUUCAAAAAGUAUCACCACGUGCAAUAAUAAUAUUAAUUAUUGUUACAAACUCGUAUACAGUUACUAAACUUUUUUCGUCAUCCAUAUUAAAUGGGAUGCUUAAUAUUCUCGAUAUUUUUUCUAUUUAAUUGACUUAGAUAAACCCGAAUACUUUUUUUGAUUUUUGUAUCAAAUAAUUACAAUUACAGCAAAAUUAAAUUUUCAACCUGUGAUAAUAAUAAAAUAAAAUCGAUAAACUCGCAAAUAAACCGACCGGCAGACUGUGACCGUGGUAUAUUUUGAAUAACUAUGGCCCGCCGACAGCCGACAGGACCAUAAUCGAACGUUUGAAAAGUCCUUAAUAUGGAACGGUUUUAAUGACUUACUAGUUAUACAAUGUUGUGACGUUCAUGAAAUAUGAUUAUACCGUAACAAAUAAAUAUGCGAGUUUUAAAUAGAGUGUGUUUACAUAUUUCAUUGGCCAUUUAAUAUUACUUAAAAUUAUAAUAUAUUAGUUCAUUGUAGUUUGUGCAGUUUCACUUAGUUGCGGGCGUGGGGGGCAUUGGGUUUUUCCCAUUCCUAUUUCCUUAGAAAAACAACAACUAUGAGUAUUUAGUUAAUAGUAUUUUUAUCUUGAAAUUAUAUAUUUUAGCAAAUUUAAAAAGAAACAAGCCUUUGAAUACCAAUAAACUUUAUUUAUAUUAGUUGUGGAUUUUAAAUUGUCAUUAUCUAUCGGAUUAGGCAUAACAAAAAAAGAUUAAAAAAAUUUCGUCAUGAAUCAUGAUUAUUACUUACGAUAUUCCCUCCCGUUGAAAAUUCAUGAGCACGCUAUUGUUCUCAUCCCUUAAUAUUUUGAUUCAUAAAAGAAUCUUACCUACACUUAAUUCUAUUAGUAGUAAUACUACUAGUAUUGAUUUACACCGUGAAUCUGCGUGGUAUAGUUUACGUGGUCUCAAAUCACCCAUCAUCAUUACUGUAGUUUGCAGGCAGCACGUGGUUUGUUAUUUCAGAACACAAUGAAUCAAACAGAACACUAAACCUGCAGUCAGGUAGAUAUCACGAUACACAUUAAUGUAUUUAUAUUAGUUUAUAUACUUAGAUGCACGGACCACCGAUAGUUCGUAUUGAAUACAUUUCGAAAUAGGUAGUGAUUUCGAUCCGUAGUAUACUACGUGAAAUAUUAUAAUGCGAACCGCAUUCCGUGGUUCGAACUAAUUAUUCCCUGGCUCAAAACGAUUUAUAUUAUAAUAUAUUUCAAUUAUAGUUCGUGUUUUAGUAAAUGACUUAUAAAAAUAACUUUUAUUUUAUUAUUUUUUAAAAAUUUGAAGAUAAACAUUUUUAUAGACAUUUUGACGUAUCAACGUUUUAUUUUAAUUAAAUUUGGGAUUUUUGAUCAUUUUUUAAAGUUCAGAGAAAAAAGUAUACAGUUGAUUAGCCAUAAUAAUAACAAUCAAUAUUAGUGAAUGCGAUUAUAGCCUGCUGCAUAAUUUUAGGUACUUUUCUUUACUUAAAAAAUUAUUCAAAAUCACGAAUUUAAUGAAAAUAGAAAUUUGAAACUUUUAAAAAAUAAUAAAGUAAAAAAUUGAAUUCAUACAUACGUAUUUAUAGUUUUUAUUGCUGCGAGUAAUGUAAAAGAAAAAACAGACUUUGAUUACUAUUAUUAUCUCAGGAGAUAUUGCAAUGGGUAUUUCGUGAGAGACCCUGUAUAAAGGUACGUUCACGUAAAGUCGAGUUGCGAUGAAUCUAUACUAAACUAAAUUUCGAGCUUUAGAAAUUCGAUUGAACUUACAGUUGUCCGUCCGAAUUUGUUCUACCCUAUUUGUUUAGGUGUCUAUAGUAAUAUUGCUCUAAUUGACCGUGUAACGAUUACGUUCCGAUGCUCUCGAUGGUAAUAAUCACAUUGGUUCUGUGCUUUUUAACAAUUUUUGGUUGAGAGCGUUUAGUCCCUAUAGUAUUAUUCUAAAUUCCUCUACGGCCAAUCAUAUUUCGGAACGAGCAUUUCCACGGGUACGGCACGUUUUCUAUACAGUCGAAAAUAUUCACUAUGAUGUUAUAUUAUUGACAUUAUACGUUUUAUUUUAUAUAUUACUUAUACACUACUGUUGAAAAUUAAAUAAAUAUUGAAGUUUGCGCCAAAGUUGAAAAUUUACACGAGUAAGACAUGUAUUAUAAAUACUAUACAAACUCGAAUUUCAGUUUGUUGGUCGUACAGCAUAAAUAAUGGCUCUGCAGCUGCAAUACACAGAACGUAUUUUACUUGAUGUUCAUUUAACGACUCCCACAGUGUCUUGUAGUCGGUCUAUUACAACAUAGUAGACAUUCGCGAUCCGACCGAUUUGCCUCCCUGUAGGUACAUUUUAAAAUAUUGUAUACACAAUAUAAUCAUAAACGUACUAAAUAUUACAAUAAUACAACGGAUAGUAAUACCGCCUCUAUACAUUUUUAUACCUAAUAUAAUAUACUGUUUUCCGUAGCGACAAACACGCGCUAUCUGCAGACAUCAUGCACCGGGGUUUACAUCUCGCCUUGUAACCUCGUUUAUAGUUGCCCUUUAUAAUAAUAUUUAUAUGUAUUGUGCACGCAUAAACGAAAAAAAAUGGAAUGUCGCAUUUCCAGCACAUGAAAUUGAUUUCGUUUCUAUUCAGAAAAAUGAAGUGCUACUUUACUAUUAUAUAUUAACAAAACAAUAAUAAUAAUAUAUUUUUUGAUGAAUUCGUAUCACUUUGAAAUUAUUUUAAAACUUUUUCAGAAUACCUGUAUAGUAUUAAUAACAAAAAUAUUAUUAUGUUAUUUUUUUAUACACUCAAAUUCAGCCACCCCGAUUGAAAUAAAUAUGAAUAUUUUGUUACGACGCACAAAUAAUAAUAGGUGUUGGCCUACUUUUAAUUUUUUGGAAAAUGUGUAUUUUUACUCUUGCAGGAUUGAACCUUUUCCCACUAAAAUAUUAAUCUUUCCUCUUCUACUCGAUUUUGUUAUUAUUAUUUUUAUUAUUUUUUUUUUUUAUGGAAUUUUCAGCCAUCAGGAUUUGCAUAUUAUAGAAGCUUACAUACGGAACGCAGUCAAGAUAUUUCACACACAUUAAUAAUUAUCAUUAUAUUUUAAUUAAUGAAUUUACUUACUAUAUAUAAUAUUUAUCAGACGUAUGCUCGUAAAAUACAUUGACGUACAAAAACGGCCAGGGGCCUUUGAGUAGACAAACUCGGGUCGGGAUUUUAUUUUUUCGCCUACAAGACUGUAGAUGGAUAAACAAAUUCGUAGGGGAUGGGAGAAGGCAACAUUUAUUUUUACGUUCACGUCAUAAACUUUCAAUAACAUUUUGAUAAAAAAAAGCUGAGGGGGAGAGGUUUGGACCGUGGUCAUAUCUAAGGUAAUAUCUGAUGAAUUUUCUAUCACGUUUUGAUUUAAAUAGCACCAUUAAAAUUGAUAAUCAUUAUUAAUUUAAGCUGAGAAAGAGCAUAAUAUUAUUUAUUUUUUUCAACUUAUUUCUAUGGGCGUUAUUUUCUAUUUACAAAGUCUGUUUUUUAAAUUUAAUGCAACUGUAUGUUCUAUAUGGAAUUCCCUCUUGUUGCCAUUCACAGGUCAAGCUAUCCCCGUUGGCAAUAUAUUAAAAUAAACAUUUACAAUAGAUUUUUUUGGAAUUUGAAACGUAUGUACAAAGAAUUAUCCCGAAAACGAGUUUUUUUUUUUUUAAAAAUUCAAACGAUAAAAAUACAGUUUCGGAGAAAUAUAAUGAUUAUUGUUAGUUCUUCAGACUUUUGACAAUAUAUAAUGAUCGAUAAAACAUUAAAACAAGAUGAAACUUAUAUUUUAUUAUAUUCCAGACAUCGAUUGAAAUCUAUUGUAUAUGUACCUAUAACUUUUGUUACUUGAAUUCCUAAUGGAUUGCCACAACAGUAUUAUCAAAAAUGUGUCGGACAAAAAAGAUUUAUUCAACAGAUAUUACUUUUAACGUAGGUGUUAGUUUGAUGUAAAUAAAAAGUUUUCGUUAUAAAUCGUCUAUAUUAUAAUUAAAUAUGUAAGUUCACAAAAACAUAAUUAAGUCUUUUAGAUUUUGAGGAUGAUUUUACUACGAUAUGCGUGAUUUUCUUUUUUUUUUGUGUCUAUUAAAAACUUUUUAAUCAGAACUCUCGCUCUAAUCAAACAUUUUAUGAGAAUUUGGGUGUAGCAUUUUGGAUCUAGUUAGUGAAAUUAAUUAAAGUAGGACAUUUUUUUUAUUUUUCUUAAUAAUAAAAAGUAUAAUUGUUAAUAUUUACAUUAUUAUUAUUUACAAUUGUUUAUUAUCAAUAUUAAAGAAAAAUAGCAUUAUUUAAAUAAUAAUAAAAAACAAAAAUCGAAUUCUUUAUGGUAUUAGAUACAGAAUGGUAAGAAGGAUUUUAUUUUAUAUUUCCAAAUUCAUUUUUUUAAAGACAUAAUAUGUUAUGUGUUUUAUUGCAUAAAUAGAUUUUCUGUCGCUCUAAUAAUAAAAUUUCAGAAUACAUCAGUUCAAUCUUGACAAUGGUAUAUUUAGUAACCCUAUAAAUCUUGAUUAGAAUUUAAAAAAAAUAAUAACAACAAUUUUGAAUUUACGACGAGUUUGACAUAAUAAUUUUUCAUACAAAUAUUAUAAACACAAAAACAAUUUUAAGUCAUAUAUUCGAAGGUUUUCGAUAUAUCUAAAAGAUUAAUUAUUGCAUUAAAACCAAUGAUUUAGAUUUAUAUUUGUCUGAUUUGGUCGUGUUUGGAAUCCAAGCGCUGUCUUAGCAAAUCGUAUAUAAAAAAUAUAUCAGAAAAUAACGUCUAUAAAACAAAAAUGUUCUAGAUGACAAUUUCCAAAUAGUAGACAAAAUGUUUUUGAAACGACUAUUCGAUUUACUUAUGAAAAAAGGAAUUUUUUUCACGUGUGUCGAUAUUUGAAUGAUGCAGAGAGUUUUACAGCAAUGUUAUAUUUUUUUUUCUGUUAACACUUCAAUAAAUAUGCUCAAAACGUUUCACGCAGUAAUACUUUAUUGAUAGAACAUACAUUUUGGAAAGAUCAUUUUUCAAAUGUUUAACUCUCGAUCCAACGCACGGAAAAUUACGAGCAAAAUAAAAUGGCGAGAAUGUUAUAUUGUUUUUGAACGUGGUGAUAUCGUGCCAAACGUAAUAGGUCAACACUAUUUGUACACUACGGUAUAAUUAAAAUACCGAUACCAUUUAGAUCAUCACUCGGAUGUAUACAAAUAAAAAAUGUGUAUUUUAAAUUAGCUAACAAUAAUAAAGUAUCAUUUUAAAUUAUAAAAUAAUUUUCUACAGCACCACAUUUCAAAAGCAUCAAUAAUAUCUUUUCUCUUCUGUACCAAUAAUUGUCCAAUUUUCGCAGCUAUUGUCUGUAGGCUCACACCAGUAGCGAAUUUUCAACAUUUUUUUGGAAGGGGCCCUGACAAAUCAUAUGUAUUCAAAAGAUAUCUCUAUUAAUAGAUGCCUCUUUUUUGGACGAUAUUUUAUUGAAAUUAUAUCGGUGUCUGAGAGGAUCCAGAUCCCCUGGACCCCCCUCUCCCGUAAAUCUACCACUGGAUCACACUAUUUGUUGUCACUGUUUAGUUUUAUCCUGGAAAAUACUUUUUCGUGUGCAACUUUCCUGCUAACUACUAGUCCUAUCAUUAAAUUGUGUAUUUAUUCAAAUUAACAGUACAAUGAAUUAGAUUAUCUCUAUGACCAUAAAACACUAAAAAUUUUCGAUUUUUAGGACAAAGUCAUCAAUAUACGGGACGUAACAGGACUAUUUGACAUUUUUACAUGCACAAUGUCAAAUAGUCGUGUUACACCCUAUAUACUACAGGCGUGUCUAAAUUAUGUUUGGAAUUCCAAAUAAAACGAUUGUCGCUGCUUUAGAUUUUAAAACUAGCUUAGUAAAAAUCAGUUGUUCCUUAUCAAUUUUAAACUUGAGUUUUUAUAAUGGUUUUUUUCAUACUUCAGUUUAAGGAGGCAAACUUUUCUCAAUAAAUGAUAUUGAAUGUAUAGUUCGAAAAUGUAUUUCUAAAUUACUUAUUUUUUAUGUUUAAUAUCAAACAACAUUAAUCUCUCUGCUUUAUGAAAAAAAAAAAUAAUAAUAAUAAACAACAAUUUUCUAUUCUUUAUGAAAAUGGUAAAUUUUCAUUUAUUUAUUUAUUUUUUUUUUUUUUUGUACACACUGCACUUUUUUUAAAAACCUAAUAUAACACAUUAAAUAUACCGGAAAUAAUUUCCAAUGUAAACACUGUGCUAAAAACACGAUACACUGACAACGAAUGAUCGCAUGAACGUUUAACAUAUACCAAACGGGAAUGUCUAUUAAAAUACAAAUUAUCGGCAACUGUGACUUAUUUAUUAAAUAAAUAAACAUAUAGAUAUUCUAACAAAAGAAAGAUCCAUAUUGAAACCGUCCGUAAUCAACCGUUUGGCCACCCCUGAAAUACAGUGGUAAUGGACUUACUCCUUCGGGUAUGUGUAUAAUUAUUAUUGGCAAACUCUGUUCUUUUGGUCGUCCCCAUCGCCGGGGGACAAUUUGGCAUACACUAAAAACCAUUUAAACGGCACCCGGUAUUUACAUAUUUAUAUUUAUAUAAUUAUAUAGAUAUAUAAAUAAUACAUCUAACAAAAUGUAGUUUAGACACGCGACGGCGCUGACCGAGUACGAGCAUUUAUUUAUGGAGCUCUGGUAGUAAAUUAACUGGCCUGACAGCUAGCUCAUCGGUAUCGAAAAACCGUUUUACACUUUCGACGAGGCGGCGACCCGCAAUUAUUUCUUUAAUAUUAACAUGAAAUGUUAUUUAAUUUGGAUAAUAGGACGAAUAAGAAAUGUUGUUCAAUUGCUUUUUUCCCUUGUUUAUUACCAUUUUUUUCCACCCUCAGUGAACGUGGGAUUGCCGGGCGUGCCGCGUGCGCUCGUUUUUUUUUUUUUUUAAUUAAAUACAGUGACCCGAAGUAAUAUGCCGAUAAUUCCGUAGACCGUGUAGUUUAAUUCCGUGUAUACGCACAUGAUUUUACCUAAUGCACGGGACGUCCCCCGUGAGGUAAUAUUUUAUCGUGAAUAGGUUACCUAUACGCGAUUAAACAAAAAUUGUUGAACGGAUUUUAUGGCCAUUAACCAGAAUAAGUAUAGUUACCGGCGAUAUAGUGUACAAAGUAAACGUCAACGUUUUCCCUUCUGCCCGGGCGUAUAGGUGUAGGUGUGUAGAUAUGUCCGAAAAGUUUGAAAAACUUUCUGUGUACUGCACGGUCAAACCACAUGCCUAUAUAUUAUUAAACAUUGCCAAACUUUUUAAACACCUUGUACAUAUUGUGUACACGAAUAUUAUAACGCAAUGGUGAUAACUAAUAUAACGGUCAAAGUUUAUUACGAUUUAGACUUUAAUCGAUACUGAACAAAUAUAAUAUUCAUAUAUAUAUAUAUAUACAUUAUAAACCGUGGGGAAAAUAAAAUUUUGCCAUAGAAACUAUGCCGAUUUGUAGGCAAUAGUCGAUCCGACGGUGGAAUUUAAUAUGUAUAUUUUACAUUUACGAAAAAUUAUCUGUAAAAUUCCACCGGUUAUCGCUGUUUUUAAAACACUAUAAUAUACAAACUAGAACUAAAAUUGUAUUACUUAAAUAAAAUUCAUCCCAUAUAGUAUAAUCACUAAUCUAAAUUAUCACACUCGCAUCAUGUCUAUUUAUUUCAAGGCUUACUAACUGUAUUUUAUGGUUUUUAAAACAGAAACGAAAAGGUCUUUAAAAACGGUUCUAGAAUUGAAAUGCUUAAAAUAAAAUGUGUUGAUGAAAUUUUGAAGACAACAUUAUCGGCGUUUUUCAGAAAAUUAAUUAUUAAAUAUUACCACCAUUAAUGUCGAACUAUAGAUAAAUAAAAAAAGCAAACCAGAAAAACUACGUGUUUGCCUUAUCAUUACGCAUGUACUUCAAACUUUAAAAAUACCGUACAAUAACCGUAUUAUAUUUUGUGAAAUAACCAUGAUUAAAUCAAACCAAGUUUAAUCAAAUCAUUUCUUUUCCCAUCGUGAUUUUAUUGUUUAUUCCGAGUCUGGGGCACGCUCCAUUUGCGCAGAACGAUUUUUCUGACACGCCUGUUUAUUUAACCACGUACCAAACAUUACGAAUUUAAUUUGUAUAAGGUCGUUUCACUAACCCCACCCCCUGCUUUCUUUAGACACUCUCGCUAUGCCACUGCAGUCAUUUCGGUUUAGUCGUCGACAUAAAAAUGGAUUUUGUAAAUUAAAGAUAAAAUCAUAUAAUUUUCCAACAAACAAUAAUAUUAUAGUAUGUCGAAUGUUUCUAUAUCUACCGUUUUUCUUGUGUGCACAGUUGAUUGGACCGCAGUUCAUUAUAGCUAUACAACCGUCACUUGUCGACCGAUGGACAGAGGAAAUACACUUGGCGUGGACAUCGUUAUUUUUGAACAUGGCGUAUAUCAUGAAGGGUUCGAUGGCGGCUGAGGAAAGAUUCAAAGUGAAGAAAAACACCACCUGAACGGUGACCUGAACUAAUGUUUAUCACGUCAAUAUUAUUACACGAUUAUCAUUGUUGUUUUAUGAACUUUUUUUUUUUAAAUAUUAUAAGUUUUAAGUUAUAACUAAUAAUAUGGAUUAUACAAGUUAUAAUCUAUAUUAUUAUUAACCGCAAGUUAGGUUAAAGUAGUGUCGAUAUUAUUGGAUUUAGAUAAGAGUUAUUGUAUUCGUAUUAUUAUUUGAAACACGCGUACGUUUCAUUAGGAAUUUUGUAGUACUUACGUAUAAUCUUAGUAAUCGCGCGGUAUUUUCUUCUGUUAACCGUGAGGACGUGAUACCCGUACUUAUCAUCACGGCUAAAAUAACAUCACUUAGAACCAAAAUUGUGACACAAUUAGAGCUUAAGUACAUCAGAUAACAAAAUUUAAAGAAUAAUAUUUUCGAGAAGAGAACACUACAUCACUAUUUUUCUAAAACAUUGUCAAAUAAAAGAAUUACGGUUAGGUUAGUUUCGCUUUUUUUUUUUUUAAAUAUAGCUGUAGCUCUUUUGUCUGGCAAUAUUUUAGAGAAAACGUAACGCAAUGCCACCAAAUAUAUUCGUCUAUUUUAGUUUUGAUGUCUAUGCUUAAACUAUAAUUUCAACCUAAACGCCACCAUUUUAGUUUAAAGUUUUAAAAUUAUUAACGUAAUUUUACUUUUUCGUACGUUUGUAAUUCGAAAACACCACACGUGGAUAACGCGUCCUCUUAAAAUAUUAUAAACGUUAAACGCCGUUUGUACAGCAUAUAAUUAUACACAACAAUAAUAAUAAUAAUAUUAUUAUCAUCCGAUUACAUAGUUAUUUUAAUUCGGUAGAGGCGUUUGAGUGUAAUCAUAUGCUAAUUUCGGUGCAGUGUACCACAUCAAAAUAUUAUUAGAUGAGGUACGGUUUAUCGCGGUGAAAAUUAUUCAUUUAUCGGUUAACAGUUACUUUUUAACACAAUUUAAGAUAACAUAAUAUUAUGCCUAUACUGUAUGUAUAUCUAAUACAUGUAUUUUUUUUUUAUUUCGACGUUAUACCUCCCGAUUUUUAGAGUGCUUAUUAUUUUAAAUUGCGUAUGUAUUUUUAAAAUGUUUUAUUGUGUUGUUAACGCAUAUCUAUACACGUAGGUACUACCCUUAAGUAUUAGGUAGGUAUUAUGUAAUUACGUAGUUACUAUGUUAUUAUUGUACGUUCAUAAUUAAAUAUAAAUAAUAUGGUCUAAGUAUAUUGAAUUAGAAUGUGUGUAAAACUAUUCCGUUUAUAGCGCCGCCAUACGAACAGACGUACAAAUAAAAUCACGAACAAAGUAAACGAAUAGUGAUAAUAAAAAUAAUAACGCUCGUGGGAUUGAAUGGGUGGAUGGGUGUACUUAUUAUGCCUUGCAUCACGAAAUGUUAUAAUAGUAGAUACCUAUCGGAGUUCCAUUCAAAUUACCCUUUAAGUAGAAAUUGUUAACAGUGCGAACGGUUAUAGUGAUAAUAUUAUCAUAAUUCAUUUCUUGGGUUUUAAAUAAAACGAUUUCGUCACGUACAGCAAAAUUACGUAAUGUCAACUAUAUACAAUUAUAAUAUUUCUCGACCAAUAUCCAUAAAUUAAUACACCCUCAAAACUUUGAUUCUGAAAUAGUUUUUGUCUUAUAUUUUAUAAUAAAUACCAUUCUUUAAUUCCGAAAUAUACACGCGUAUGCGUUUUAAAACAAAAAUUCACAUUGAAUAAUAUUUUCUAUAUUUCGAAAACCAUAAAAUUACAUUAUUAUAAUAUCUUAUAAUCGCCCCCGUUCAAUUACAUAUUGGAAUCAGAACGAAUAAUUUGGGAAAUUGUACAGUUCCGCCUUACAAAAUAUCACAAACACUGUCUACAUCGUGUGAUUAAGGUGCGGUCCUACACGAUCAUAGUUCACCGUGAUUGUUAAUAUCGGAAAUGUAAUACCGCUAUCGCAACCAUUUACUAUCACUAGUGUUAUAAUAUGUAUAUACCACGAUUUUCAAAGCGAUAGCAUCCGAGAAAAUUAUAGUAAAACCGGAUUUAGGGCUGUGUGAGUCUCCGAGCUCAUAUUAGAUAGAGGCCAUGUAGGUAAAUAAGGGGUGGUUAACUUAUUAAACAAAAUAAAAUUGUGUGUACUUAUUUAAAUUUACGAAAAAUGUAUUUCUAAACAGUGAAAGUACUUAUUUCAUGGUUGGCUCCAUAAAUUGAAUAUGGUGGUGACCUCUAAGCAUCCUUAAAUUCAGCCCAGAAUGAUAGUAUAGACUAUAGCUUUAAUAUAUUAUUAUUAUGGUUCGGUUUUUAAAGAAUUUGGUAAUUAUUAUAAUUAUACUACAGACAAAAAUAGCAAAGUGAUUUUUAAAUUUGUUUUACACACUAGGGACUUUAAAUAUGUAAUCUUAUAAAAAUUUUUUUUUUUUCCAUACUUUGCUUUAAAUGAACUUAAAAAGGUUUGACGCUCGUUUUCCACUAUCGCAAUAGUAAAUACUAAGUUUCCCACUCUAUGGCGAUCCUUGUUAUAAUUAUCUAUUAUCUUUAACAGGGUAGAACUUAAAACUAUCAGGCAAAUAUGUUUAUAAUAUGGUAGUAAAUAUUUAUCGUGGUAGUGCAAUAGUAACUUAUUUCGUAUUGUUUACACGGUGACAGUACCUAUAAUAUAGUAUUACUCUCACGAUAACGGCUAUCAUACAAUACUAAAUAUUGCAAUUAACUUUUAUCGUGUGACCAUGGCUUUAAGUAUAUUAGAGUUGCACAUUAAAUGCAAUAACGUGUAACUUUUGAUUUUAUCAAUCAACGAAAAUUAGAAAAUCGAAUUAAACUACCGUUCACAUAGUGUCCAUUUAUCAGCCGCGUACGACGGACUAGACGCAUAUAAUAAAUAGAAAAUUUCAUACGACGCAAGUAUAUACACACUUAAGUACUUUACCAACUAUAUUAUAUUGGUAUUGCGUAAAUAAUUUAUACAGCAUUAUGUUUUAUUUAUACGACGAGUUCGAAACAUAUAUUAUUCUGAAAAUGUUUUUUUUAUUUUAAACCUAUAAUAAUCAUGUAUUAAACUUUUAAAACAAAAAUAAUAAUACUAAGUCUCACAAGAAGUUUAAAAAGUUUUUUUUAUGUUUUUGUAAUGUGCAUUUUUUAUUUUAUUACCGUUACCGAAAACAAAGAAUUCUGUGAACGGAUAUUAAAUUAUUAUAGACAAUUUUUUAAUCACAAAUGCUUAUAAUACUAUUAUAUAAUAAUCUGUUACUAUUGUAUUAGUUUUACAAUAAUAAUUAUUUUAUACAAAAUUACACGAAAAAAUAAAUUAAUAAAUAAUAAAUAGAUGUCGUCUCGACGCGUUUAUCGAAAAUACUACUCUAUGUUUUUCACUCGCACACCGCAAUCCUUUUCGUGUUUUACUAUUGCAAAAAUCACAUCACGGAUGAAGUAUUCCACUUUUAAGUUUGGGUAGAAAGAGAGGGUGGAACCCUACUCAAACGUCGCCACACAAAUGAAGUUCCAAUAUUCUCC